AAGAAAAAGCAUAUUCACAAGCAGAAAGAAAAACUGUUUAAAAUAAGAAUGGUUAAUUGGUUUGUCUAUUUGCCACUUCUCUCUCUGAUUGUCUUUCUUGGAAAUACUCCUAUUUCACAUUCUGGGAUUAUAUCAUCAUGGUUCAGCCAACAACCUGACCCUACUGAUGACUAUGACGAUGAAUACAGUACUGAUUAUAUAGAGCCAACGGAGACUGAAAUCAGAUUUAGUUUCUUUGACUCUGAUUGGAUUUAUGAAUUCUUCACUCAUGAUGUAAAUCCCUGCCAGACAAACCCAUGCCAGAAUAAUGGUAUCUGUAAAAGAAACAGAAACAGCUAUAUGUGUUCCUGCCCUGAACCAUACACAGGAUCAAAGUGUGACCGUGUGAAAAAUACAUGCCGAAGAAUCAACUGCAAUCGAGGAGAAUGUCUGAUUAUGUUAAGAGCACCUUAUUAUCAAUGCAGUUGUAAAUACCCAUAUAAACCACCAUCAUGUAGAAAAGCAUCCUCGGCUUGUCAACCAAAUCCUUGUAAAAAUGGAGGCACCUGUCAGAGGCAUCGUUUAAGGUAUAAAUUCAGCUGCAACUGCCCUGAAGGUUUCAGAGGAAAAUUUUGUGAACUAGGGACUGAAGACUGCUUUGAAGAAAAUGGCCACACAUACAGAGGAAAUGUUAGCCAGACAAUCCUCCAGAAAAGAUGCCUUCACUGGAAUUCUCAUUUUCUUUUGGACAGUAGUUAUAACGCAUUUAUGGAACAUGCUGACUAUUAUGGCCUUGGCGAUCAUAACUUCUGCAGGAAUCCAGAUGGUGAUGACAAACCCUGGUGCUUUGUCAAUGUGAAUAACAAAUUGAAGUGGGAUUUCUGUGAUGUCCCCCCAUGCUUGUCAACAGCAAAAUUCUCUAGAAAUAUAACAACCUCCUUCAAGAAUCCAGUAAUAAGUAAUACAUACAGAACAUGUGGGAAACCAGAAAUAAUAAGACCAUUCAAGAGAAUCUAUGGAGGUGUCAAGUCACUUCCUGGCAAACAUCCAUGGCAAGCAUCUCUUCAGAGGAAGAUUUCAGCAGGUGUACCAAAGGGACAUUAUUGUGGAGGAGUAUUGAUUGAGCCAUGCUGGGUUCUUACCGCAGCACACUGUAUCAUGACAGAAGCACACAACCUCCAGGUGUCCCUUGGAGAACAAAAUCUCAAUAGGAAAGAGCAUCAUGAACAAAAGUUUGAUGUAGACAAGAUCAUUAAACAUGGACACUAUACAGAGCAGGAUGGCAUCCCAUACAAUGAUAUUGCUUUGUUGAAAUUAAAGCCAAUUGAUGGGCACUGUGCUGUGGAAACAAGUUAUGUUAAAUCUGUGUGCUUGCCUGAUUUUACGUUCCCUGAUAACACAGAAUGUUACAUAUCAGGCUGGGGAGAAACAGAAAUAAGUGAAUCAUCUCAUCAGCUAUUGGAUGCCAAAGUAAAGCUGAUUUCCCAAAGGCAGUGUAAUGCACCAAAUGCGUAUAAUACCAGAGUGGUGGAAAACAUGUUUUGUGCUGGAAGUCUUCAGAGAACAAGAGCAGAUACUUGUCAGGGCGAUUCAGGAGGUCCCCUAACAUGUGUUACCAAUGACACUUACUAUAUUUAUGGAAUUGUGAGCUGGGGAGAUCAGUGUGGAUUAAAAAAUAAACCAGGAGUUUAUACUCGAGUGACAACAUUUCUCAACUGGAUUAGAACAAAAAUUACACGCGAGUCUAAUUUUCACAACUAAGAAUGAACUUCUGCUGCAUCAGGAUUCAGCUGGACUUGUUGUGAUCCUUCUGUUAUUUUCUCCUGCAAUUGCAAUAGAUUCAGAAUGUUAUCUCCUCACAAAGACUAUUGUGUCAUUCCAUUUGUAGCAAAUAUAUUGAACAAUAUAUCAUAUUCCAAGUAGCAGAAAUAAUGUCCUAAAGCUAUCUUUCUAGGAUUGUGUACUUUGACUGUAUAAAACUCUUUACUAUAGAUUUAUAGUUUGGUUAGUCCAAAUUUCUUCCACUGAUAACCUACAGAUUUUCAUGACUCUAAUAAUGAUUUUCAAAUAGUGGUUUAGAUCCAAACCAGCUGAAAUGCUGAGAUGUUCACGGAUGUCUUGUUUCCAAUAAUAGUUUAGGGGAUGAUCCAGAUGCAUACUGGGAUCAGACUUGGUUCCAACAGAUCCUGUAUUCCUAUAUAUCAUUGCCAUUCAUCUUCCUGUUUCUUUUACAAUUUAAUUUAAUUUAAUUUAAUUUAUUCAAUUUAUAUGCCGCCCCGCUCCAAAGACUCAGGGCGGCUCACAAUACAUUUAAAAAAUCAUUAUAAAAAAAAUUUAAAAAUUAAAAACAUUAAAAACAUUAAAAACUCAUUCACGCCUACAAUGGAUCUGUAGCCGAGACUUGACUAUGAGGUACUAUAAUUAUUGCCCCUGAUUUCUAAAAUUAUAAUGAAUAUUGCUUAGGUUAUCUAUCAAUUCACUUACAUAAUCUGGAUCACGCUGUUCUUGGGUUUCUUGACAUUCUGUUUCCCGAGCAUAUGCCAGCUCUGCAGCCCUUCUGGCCAUUUCCACUCUGUAAGAACCUGGAGGAGUCCAGCCAAUACCUUUGAUCCAAUUCAAAUCAGAUUUGUAUUUGACCUAGAAAAUAAAAUACAGUACUAAUUGCAUGGAUCUUCAAGACUUAAUACUUAAAAUCAAAUGAAACAAAUCAUAUAUAUACUAAAGGCCAAUAAAAGAAAAUGGCGACCCCAGGAAGCAGGUGUGAUAGGCAAGGAUAGGUGACAGAGUACUGCAAGCUAUUCUGUGCCACCUUAGUUGUUCUCCAAAAUCAGGUGCUCUCUCUGUUUCUGUGUGGGUGUGGGUGGGUGGGUGUGUACAUGCGCGCGCAGACUCUUCCACAAGUGAGCUAUUCCCACAAUCUUUUUUCCUCUAAACUGCCCACAUCAGCAUGACAUCACAUUUCUGUGGACAAAUCUCCCAGUGACUGCAUCUUUUAAUGCAUUUCCUAUCUAAACUUUCAUCCCAAAGGUGAUUUUUCAAAAGACAACUGACUAAGCUGCUUCCUUAAUAUAUACAUUAAAUUUGGAUUUGAAAAUGAGUCCAUUGAUUAGACAUAUCCUUGCCUAGAAUGGGCUCCUUAGCCAUAGAUCCUAACAUACUUACAUCACUUUGGAGUUUGUAGGCUUGUUUGGCAUGCCUGAGAUUCAGCUGCUCCGGGUCACAGGUGUAUUGAUGUAGGCGCUGCCUAUAGUUGACAUCACUUAUUAAUUGCUGACUUUUCUUUGCAUGAAUAAAUCCUGGCUGAUCAGUUUGA